UUUUAGCUAUGUUAUAGAGAAUUUGAGCUGAAUAAGAGCUGAUCUGGGAACAGCUUCCGUUUAACUGUCACGAAAAGGCGUUCGUUUUUGUUCCAAGACGGUCCCGUAGGGCGGCGUUUAAAACACUUUAUGAUAAUUUACGGAAAUGAGGCGACAGCGCCGCGAAGCCGGGAAACUCCGGUGAAUAAAAACACGGUGGCAAACUGUUAAAUCAUAACCAGACCGGAGGAAUUUUGCUGAAAAACGAAAGCCUGCCACCGAGCCUUUAGUUUACCUCUGUCAACGCUACAGCUGAAGUCGAUAGCACAGACACAUAGUUACAUUUCACACAGCGGGACACCCUGGAAGAGACGGAGAAACCUCAGGAGCAUGCCGAGCAAUGCGAACUUGAUGUGAAAAUCGUUACGGCAAGAUGUGAGAUGAACCUGGAGAAAACUGCCACCGAGGCCAACGACAUAAUGUUGGUCCGGAGCUCGCACGGCCGAGCCAAAGUGACUCAUGCAGUGGUGGUGAUCUUCCUGGAGUUCUUCGCCUGGGGGCUGCUGACCACGCCCAUGCUGACUGUCCUCCAUGAGACAUUUCCUCAGCACACUUUCCUGAUGAACGGCCUGGUUCACGGGGUGAAGGGCUUUCUGUCGUUUCUGUCGGCUCCUCUGAUUGGUGCCCUGUCAGACAUCUGGGGCAGGAAGUCCUUCCUCCUGAUGACGGUCUUCUUCACCUGUGCCCCCAUCCCCUUCAUGAGGAUCAGCCCUUGGUGGUAUUUCGCUCUGAUCUCCGUCUCAGGAAUCUUCGCAGUGACCUUCUCGGUGAUCUUUGCCUACGUGGCUGACAUUACGGAGGAGCACGAGAGGAGCACCGCCUACGGACUGGUUUCGGCAACCUUUGCGGCCAGCUUGGUGACAAGCCCAGCUAUUGGGGCCUACCUGUCGGCGCAGUACGGUGAUAGUCUGGUUGUCCUGGUUGCCACGGUAAUCGCUGUGGCCGACAUCGCCUUUGUGUUCUUCGUGGUCCCAGAGUCACUGCCAGACAAGAUGAGGCUGACGUCUUGGGGCUUCCCCAUCUCCUGGGAGCAGGCUGACCCGUUCGCGUCUCUGCGUCGUGUGGGGAAAGACACCACAGUGCUGCUGAUAUGUGUCACAGUGUUCUUGUCCUACCUGCCUGAGGCCGGACAAUACUCCAGCUUCUUCCUCUAUCUGAGACAGGUGAUUGAGUUUUCUCCUGCAGCCAUUGCUGCCUUCAUUGCUAUGGUGGGAAUCCUCUCUAUAGUUGCUCAGACUCUCUUCCUUAGUGUUUUAAUGAGGACUAUUGGUAAUAAGAACACAGUUCUUCUGGGUCUGGGCUUUCAGCUCUUCCAGCUGGCCUGGUACGGCUUUGGCUCCGAGCCAUGGAUGAUGUGGGCAGCAGGAACAGUAGCAGCCAUGUCCUCCAUCACCUUCCCAGCAGUCUCUGCUCUUGUGUCACACUGUGCAUCCCCUGACCAGCAAGGUGUAGCCCAGGGGAUGAUCACAGGUAUCAGAGGUCUUUGUAACGGUUUGGGUCCAGCCCUCUAUGGCUUUAUCUUCUUUCUCUUCAACGUGGAGCUUGACGAUAUGCACCCGGUGGCAGGACGACCCACACAGAAAAUGGAGAAGUCAAUGAUUCCCGGUCCUCCCUUCCUGUUUGGAGCGUGCACCGUCUUAUUUGCCCUCCUUGUAGCUGUCUUCAUCCCCGAGAACCACCGAUUGGCUGAGGCCAAGACCUGCUCCACCCGCAAGUCCAGCUGCACCUCCACUGCACACGCUCAGAGCGCCAGCCCUCUGGCCAUGCCCACCAGCGAUGCGGAGGACAUUGAGCCGCUCCUACAGGACAGCAGCAUGUGACAGACAGCCGUGCCAGCCAAUCGCAGCGUUGAGCCGUCAGUCUGGUUGCAACCUAAACACUCUGGAGUCAUGGAGUCAUUUUGCAUCUGUAUCUGCUGUACCUAACGCCAGCUGUCAGGUCUGCAGAAGUCAGGAGAUCUAACGCCCCUCUUUGUACGAGACCAGCAGUGAGGGGAAGGUGUGUUGAAUUCUCUACACAGCUGACCACAAGGUGACCCAAAACUACAGACUGUUUUAACUGAAACUUUAUGUCAGGACGGAGCAUUGGGGUGGAGGAUGGUGAGGUCAGAGCUGCUCAGCAUUGUGGGAUAUGACACAGGAGAGGUGAGACUGGUCGGAGUGGAGUUGUCGCCUUCAGGGGCAGGGUGACUGUUUUCUAUUGUUGCUGUUUAUAUUUUAUCUCCACAUUACUGACUGUUUGUACUCAAAUAAUGAGACUUUUGGAUAACAGGUUACCAUGACACCGAACUGUCACUCACACUGAGCAUGUGCAAGCUCUGGCCGGCUGUGACAUCAUCAUUCUCCCCUGCUGUGUGUUUCAUAUUGAGGAGAAAACUAGAAAUAGAAACGUUGAUAUAUUUAAGAAAGGAAUUCAAACCAUUUGAAGUGCUUUUAGGAGCUCUUGUUACGGAGCCUGCUAGGUGUCAUGGAGGUUACAAAGUCGUUUGUAACCACAAUUUACUGAGUCCUGCUCUGGAUUUAAUAUCAAGUUCUAUAUUUUACCUCCUCCCCUGAUGGCAGUAAAUAAGUUCAGUCAGACAUGAGUCUGACAAAGACAUUUAUAAAGCGCUCCACUUUUUAAUGAAAUGUAUAACGUUUUUACAGCAAAUCAUCUGUUAUCCUGUAAAAUGCUUUGAAUGGAUCUCAAAGAUAAAACAAAGUUGUGUUUAACAGACAAUAUCUGAAGUAUCUCUCUCUGCAUAUCUGAGUCCAAAUUAAAUGUAAAAAGAGAUCCAAUAAGAGAGUGACCUGAAGCUGAUAGGUUCUCAUAAAUCAACAGUAUAAAUGACUAAAUCCUGGACACUGAGUUGUUUUCCUCCAUGACAUCCCCUGGCCGGGCUUGGUGCACUUAUUUUGCUUAUGUCACUGGAUCACAUUUCAGUAUCGCAUCUAUUGACAUCUCCUCGUCAUUUAAUUUUGUGUUCAAAUACUUGAAGUGUGUCGAGCCUGUCGGUUAUUUUCAGGCUCUGGUAGUGCUCUUCCUCCCACCUGCCUGCCACUCCAGGUAGGACAAAUCGAGUGCUCUUGAGUUAUUGAUGUAGUUUAAACAUGUGUUUUGGAUCCAGGCCUGACAGCCCGAGUCUGACUCUGACUUUCAGAGCCGACGAGUUGUUGAGAAUCAAAUUGUGCCAUUUGUUUCAACUUUGUUUCUAUUUUGUUACUAUGUUUUCAGAAGUUUUUUCCACAUCUUUCCCCCUUCCCUCCCUAGUCAGAGCUGUUACCAUGACUACAGCCAGAAGAUGCUUUAUCCAUAGCAACAGCUUUGUAACUGUACUGUAUUGACGCCAAACUCCACCCAGCUGUCUAGAUGGCUUUUAGUAUUCCUCUCUGGUGAAAGAUGAACUAAUCCGUGAAAAACAGGUGUCAUAACCUUGAAUGUGGUAGAUGUGAAAUCCAUUACUGAUAUUACUGUCUGUUACAGAUUUUUGUUUUUCUCUUACAUGUCCUCCAUACAUCACUCAGUCAAAAUUAUGUAAAUGGCAUAUAUGCUGCACUCAAGUUAUAUCUAAUGUGUGGGAAAUACUAGCUUCUGACGGGAAGUUGUCUGUAAGGGCCGUGACACACCAACCCGAUAAUCGGCCGUCGGACAGUCUGGCAAGAUCGCUGAUUUGAGUCUGUUCUGUGCCUUCGUCCAUCCAGAGUGGUCCGGAGGGGCCGUUGGCCUUCAUUUUGGCCGAUCUGACAUGCUCUGUCCGAAGGCGGGCACUGCCAGCAGUCGGACUCAAAUGACCAAUCUGAUUGGUGGUGUGAAAACCUGGAAAUGAGGAGCGGGAUGAGCGUGACUAGAGUCUCUCAGAAUCUGACAAAUCUUUUAAACUGACCUUUUGUUGAUCUGAAAUGAAGACAGAGCUCACUUAACAUUUUAAGUGAGCUUAUGCAGUUGCUAUGCAGUUGCUGAAUCGUAGUAAAAUUUGAGAUCGUAUUCUGAACGAGCCCUCUGGCUUUGAAUUUCUGGAGAAACCAGACCCGUGUGACGCGUUGUCCUAUCAACUGCAGGUUUUCAUUUUUGGGCGACAAUACAGAUUAGAGCCGCCUGCUGCUUAUUACGUCUCGUCGCUUUGGUGUGUGCCGAGGCACUUUUUUGACCAACUCAGGGAGACUGAUUGGUCCAACUGCCUCUUCUGCCCACGGUCAGCCGUCUGAUUGGUGUGUCAGGGGCUUUACAAGUCUCAGUACCGAUGUCACAAAAGUAACCAAAACUUUACAUAGGAUUAUGUCAGUUCAAAGCUUCACCCAGUAUUUAGUGUGGCGUUCUUUUUCUCCAAUUUGACUUGAAUGCAGCAUCGCUGUCGUUGCAGCUACAGAAACAGCUGGGUGUUCUAGUGAUGAUGGGACACAGCUUCAUGAAGCACAAUCACGUUACAACCAGACAGGAGUCAUCUAAAGAUUUCUAAAAUGUAGAUUCAAUCUUCAGACUUUUGUCUCCAUCUCUUAAAAUCUAAUAACUAAUUAUUAUUUUAAUUUAACCCCAAGCUCUCCGUCAGUUCCUCAAACCAAACUUUUUGGUUUCGACGGAGACUUUAACCUUUAAUCUCCUGUUGGAUUUUCUCUCUUUCUCGAAGAUGAUGUCAAAAACCGAAAGUUGGACCAACAUUAUAUAUUUUUUUACACUCUGAUUCUGAAGCAGUGCAGAGUUGUUACGCAAUAUCCCGGAAUCCGCCAUUGUUAUUACUUACAGCCUGUAUUUUCUGAGAUUGUCGUCGUUGUCGUCCUCCUGUUUAGCUCUCUGCUGCUGAUGUGUUCAUGUCUCAUAGGAAAGUUCCAUUACUCCUCCGGACAACACUGUGUAGUUCCUACACAUUAAGCAUGCAGUGAAGAUUAAUUUAGCGCAUCUCUGCUAGAGCUCCAACGAUUAAUCGAUUAGUUGAUCAACAUAAAAUUAAUCUGCAAAUGUUUUAGUCAUUUCUCAGUUUUCUGCUUACAAAAGUCAAAAGAUUUCUCUCUUUGUCAUAUAUAAGCUGAAAAUCCUUUUGUUUUGGACUGUAGGUCAAAAUAAUCAUGGUCACCUUGAGCUAUGGGUCAUUGUAAUGGGUAGAUUUCACUUUUUUUUCCCCAGAAUUGAAAACUGACAUACUGAAAGAUUUCAGUGCUCAUCAUUAUAAUCCGCUGUAUUUAAUUUGACAAAGUUCUCACGCAGAUGCUUACUCUUUGAGAGCUUUUGUAGAAAAAGUGUUUAUUUUUCAUUCUAAGUCCUAUUCUGGCAGCCAAUCUUUUCAACUUUCCGAUGGGACGUGAAGUAACAUGGCCACCAGUUAAAACAAACAUUACUGAACUGAUGAUUACUGAAGCUUUUUAAAACUUGUUUUUGUACGUCAGUACUUAUCACUGAAUAUAAAUAUUUAGUUAUACCGAGAAGACUUAUUUUAGCUGAUAAUUAUUAUAACGGAAAAAGAAACGUACGCAGUCAAGUAGUUCUCCUCGUGUACAUGAUGCAGAACAUUUGCUGAUUGCUGCACUUUAACUUUCUUUUCAACGUGUGCCUCUAAUCAUUCUUCAUGUUCAUAUCUGUUUUUAUAUAUAAACAAAGACGCUGAAUGACAUCUUUGUGUGUGCAUUUGCAGUUGCUUUUAUCUUAAGAACAUAAUUUUGAAUAAUAUCUAUGAUAAUUAUAAUAAAGACAAAUGUAUGGAAUUUA